AUGGAUGCCUAUGACCCUCAGACGCUGGGUGUUAUGGUCUUUGGAGGUCUGAUGGUGGUAUUGGCCAUUGGGAUCUUCCUGUUCUCCUUCCUGGAGAAGGUCCUCCUUCCUUCUGUGGAAGCCUUGGCCAAGCAAGGCAAAUACAUUAAUAAGACCAAGCAGCAGAAAAAAGUGGCAAAGAAGAAAAAGAAAGCUGUUGGGAAAAAAGGAAACGGAAAGAAAAUGGAAGAGAAACCUAACGGAAAUAUCCCAGAGCAGCACCAAAGUGCUCCGGUCGACAGCUCCGUCACCAUCAAGAAAACCAGUGCUUUUCCAGCCCAUGAGGGGCAGAGGCAUAAUGGACCUGUCAAGAAGGCAGCUGCAUCCAACAAGAGCGAGCCAGCACCUGCGGACUCGGAUGGGCCCCUCUACCUGCCCUACAAGACGCUUGUGUCCACGGUCAGCAGCACGGCGUUCAGCGAGGGGGAGGCCCAGCGGCUCAUCGAGAUCCUGAGGGAGAAAGCGGGCAUCGUCCAGGACACCUGGCACACGGCCAUGCAGAAGGGUGACCCUGUCACUGUCCUGAAACGCCGGCUGGAGGAGAAGGAGAAGCAGCUCGCCACUGAGCAGGAGGCUACAGCCGCUGCCAGAAACAAGAUGUGGGAGCUGAGCGAGGAGCUGGUGGCUGAGUGGAUCAAGGCGAUAGACAUGCAGAGCAAGCUGAAGAGGCAGCUGCUGGCCCGUGAGCAGGAGAUGGCAGCAGUGCAGGCACGCACGCAGGCCAUCAACCAGGACCAUGCCCAGAAAACGCAGCAGCUCCAGGACAAGAUCCGGACCCUGCAGGAGCAGCUGGAGAACAGACCCAACAUGCAGCUGGCUCACCUGCAGCAGGAGAACUCCAUGCUGAGGGAUGCCUUCUACCAGGCCACCAGCUGGCUGGAGAGCAAGCAAAACGAUAAGAUGGCCAGGUUACAGGAGAGCUGCGGCAAGCUUUUGAACGAGCUGUCUGAGAAGUCAAAGGUGCUGCAGCAAAAGGAGCAGCAGAGGAAGAGCCUGGAGCUCAAAGCGUCAGCCUUGCAGAAGGAGGUGGAGCAGCUGCAGGUCAGGCAAGCGCCUGCAAACCUGCUCCCCUCAGAGAGAUGGGGCGGGUGGCUGAAUUGUGUGGGAUCCAUGGGGCUGGCCAUGGGGAGAGCUCGGGGGGAGAUGAGCGUCCGCAUUUGGAAAGCGAGCUGCCUGGCGGCCCCCCUGUCAGUUUGUCACAUGCCAGGAGCUCUAUUGUGCAUCGCCGGCAAAGCCCAGGGGGCACGCUGCCCUGGUGGGAGCCGUUCUCGCUCACCUGUGAAGCUCACCAGCCGGCUGUGA